CCCUCCUCCCCUCCCCCCUCCACCCCCCUCCGCCUCCACUUCCUUGCCAUGUCCAACCCGUUUGACGCGUCGGGCGCCGACGACACAGCCCUCCUGUCCGCGGCCGCCACGCAGGGCGGUGCUUAUGGCACCUCGCACACCAGCGCCUACGACUCGGGCACCCCGUUCCCCAAUGCGUAUGACACGUCCAGCUCCGGUCAUGGCGGGUUUGCCCCCAUUGGCGGGGCCUAUGGCACCAGCGACAACACGGCAUCCAUGUAUGACAGCUCAUCGGACACGCCGGCCCCGGCGGCCGCUGCCGCGGCCACCAGCCAGCCAGUCGUCUCUGGGUCCACCCCGGCACCGAAUUGGCCGCCCUUCCGGCCGAUGAUCUACCACUCGAUUCAGGGCGACAUCCCGACCCCCUACCAGUCCCUGGCGAAGAAGGCCUACUUCUUGAACUUUGUCAUGCUCACGACCCUGGUGCUGAACUUCUUCGGUGGUAUUGCCAUUGUGGCUACCGGCAACAGCGUGUGGGAUCUGAUCUAUUCGGUGAUCUUCCUGCUGCUCGUCCCGCCGGGUGCCUUUUACCUGUGGUACCUGCGCGCAUAUCGCGCCCUGCAGCAUGACAGCGCCCUGCAGUUCUGGAUCUUCUUUGCGUCGGGCGUGGUGAACAUCGGCUUUGCCCUGUACGGUGUCCUGGGCCCCUACAAGACCGGCGCCGUGGGCAUCAUCAACAUGAUCCGGCUGUUCGACAGCGGGAAGAUCGGCGGCGGUGUGGUGGCCCUGCUGUCCACCGUCGGCUGGGUCUUCUGGUCCAUCCUCUCCUUCCUGAUUUUCACCUCCAUGCUGCGCCGCUACCGCGAGCGUGGCCACACCUUCCAGGAGGCCCGCAACCAGGCCAUGACCAAGGCCGCCACCAAUCCCGACGUCCAGAGCGCCGCCCUUACCGGUGCCACGGCCGCGGCCCAGAGCUACUAUGUCUAAAAGCAGGAGGGCCUGGCAGGGGCACUGAUCGUCCCCCCUCCCCCCUUCUCGAUGCGCAGAACGUCCCGGUGGUGAGCACCGUGCGCGCCCGCGUGCCCACUAUUUUUUGGGCAAGCCAAUAAAAACAAUCCCUCUGAUCGA